UAUGGGAAUUUGUUUCUCAAAACAAAAUGUUAUCAUUCCUGCAAUAUAUAAUCCAGAUAUUGAAAAACAACUCACUGAUGUUCAUAAUGCUCUUAAAGGAGAGUUUAUGAGUAUGGGUUUUCCAACUAAUGUUACUCUACGUAUAGCAAAUACAGAAUGGUAUGAAUUGGAUUUCAAUGAUGAAAUGUUAAGAGCUCGAGCUUUAUUCCGUUGGUUAGCUUCAAUCAAUCUAGAUAAAAUAAAUUAUGAUAAGUUUGGAGCAAUCAAAAUGAGAUAUACUCUAUAUAGAGGAAUUCAUUUACAAGCAUAUUCAGUUUUGAGUAAACAUCAGCUUUUAGCUAGAACAGUAACUUUACAAGAAUUUGAGGAAAUGGCAUAUUUAAGACCUGCAUUUUUUGAGCAUAAGCUUGGAAUUAUUUCUCAUCCCAAGUGUACUGUUUUUGCUGAACAAUCCAGGAAUGAAAUUCUUAUUGGAACAGACAAAGAAUUCCCUGUAAUAUUUGCUUAUACUAUUUUUAUUAGUGAUGAGACUGUUUUAGAUACUGGUCUAGUACAAGAUAUAAAAAAAGAAACUAUAGAUCCAAGUUUAUAUAUAACCAUAUUUCAAACAAAUCAAAAACCUUCUAAUCAUUAG